AUGAACUAGAGUUAUCGCUAGCAAGCAAUUAAUCUAGCUACUUCUAACUCAGUCGAUGAUGAUGUUAAUUCAUGCAAUAGCAACUAUAAGAUUCCAUUGUAUCUCUUUUUAGUCUUGUACUCCUUUACUGCUUUUGCUCUUAUUAUAAUGUUUAUCUUUCACUGCAGAGAGAAAUAAUAAUAGGAUGAAAGUAGAGAUGAUGAUUAGUCAACUAAUGAGAACAAAGCUUACAAGAUGCUUUUUUAACAUUUAAAAGAUCAAAACUAGAAACAAGGCAGGAGAAGUAGUUUGGUGUCUAAGCAUCGAACUGACCACUAUGCUAAAAUAACAUCAACCUACGAAAAUAACUAAAAUUAAUCUGAAUAUAAUAAUAGUCUAGAUUAAAGUGCAAUCACUAUCAAUAAUCGUAAUUCUUAAAAAGGAAACUCAAACAUCAGUACCCCUCAUGGAAUUGAUGUUAUGGAUUUCAAUGAUGAUAUUGGAAAGACUAGUGGUGGAUCUAAAUUGCAAAAGUAAAGCAACACGAGAAAUAGAUUAUUCAGCUUAAAAAGCCUUUAAAGUCGUGAAUCUGCAUUUUAAGGCAAAUGA